AUGUCAGAAGAUAGCUUACAUCAAAUUCGUGUCAGUUCCAGAAAUUAUGAUAUCAAGAUAAAUGAAAGGAGGUUAGGAAUGCCAGCACCAUAUCGUGAAAUGAAUGACGCAUUUAAUCAAGAAUUGGAACGGAAACGUGAAUAUGAUCACCAGGAUUUAGAUUUAAUAGUUCAAACGAAUGUACCCCUGUUGAAUUGCCAACAAAAGGAAGUUUAUGAUACUUUAAUAAAGGCAAUCGAUAAUGAAAGUUGUGGUUUAUAUGUCCUAGAUGCCCCUGGUGGAACUGGCACAACAUUCCUCAUGUCAUUAGUUUUAGCAACUGUUCGGGCAAGAACUAACAUAGCGGUUGUAGUUGCUUCUUCUGGAAUAGCAGCCACAUUAAUAUCCAAGCUGUAUGACAUGUCUCAAAUUCCUUCAUAUAUUAAUCUCACACAUUUGGUUACAUAUAAUUUGGUGAAGAUUGGAAGUACCAGAGAUGUGAUAUAUAAAUGGCAUGAGCAUCUGCAUUAUAUUGCAUAUCUGGUCAAUAUGGUACUUCAAGGGCGAUGUCUUCCUAUUAGUUCGGAAACUAUUUUCAAAGAUGAAGAGAACUCAUGA